UAAUUGGUGUCAGUGGGAGGAAUAGUGCCCCAUCGUUGGUGUCAGUGGGAAGAAUUGUGCCCCAUCGUUGGUGUCAGUGGGAGGAAUAGUGCCCCAUUAUUGGUGUAAGUGGAGGGAAUAUUGUCCCAUUACUGGUGUCAAUGGAAGGAAUUGUGCCCAAUCAUUGGUGUCAAUGGGAGGAAUUGUGUCUCAUUGUUGCUGCCAGUGGGAGGAAUAGUGACCCAAUGUUGGUGUCAGUGAGAGAAAUAGUGCCCCAUCAUUGGUGUCAGUGGGAGGAAGAGUGCCCCAUUGUUUGUGUCAAUGAAAGGAAAAAUGUCCCAAUAUUGGUGUCAGUGGGAGGAAUAGUGGCCCAUUGUUGGUCUCAGUGGAAGGAAUAGUGCCCCAUUAUUGAUGUCAGUGCGAGGAAUAG